AUGAAACCAAAAUUGGCUGCUCCUGAUAAGGAAACCUUGAAAAAAGCAACGGUAAGACCGUCGGUAUUAAGUGAUUAUAUAUCAGAAGAUCUUCACGUUGAGGACAAGUUCAAGUUGGAAUCUCUCGUAACUGUGCCAGAUAUGUUCAACGCCCGUCUCCAUCUAGGACACAAGAUAGGGACGUUGAACAAUAAUAUGAAAUGGGCAUUAUACGGUGAACGAUUGGGUGUUUGCAUUUUCGAUCUAGAUAUUACUCGAACUCAUCUUAUCAGAGCGUUAGAUUUCAUAGCGCACGUUGUGAUGCGUGGCGGAAUGAUCCUUUUCAUAUCCACAAAUCGCGACACAAUGUUCUCCGUAGAGAAGACAGCAGAAGAAGUGGGUUUCCAAGCUGCUAAGAUGACUAUUCCCACAGUUGGCGUAGUGGACAGUAAUUCCGAUCCAGCAUACCUCACAUAUCUGGUUCCAGCAAAUGAUGAUAGCCCACAGAGCGUAGAGUAUUUGUUAAGGGAUAUGCAUGUAGGCAUUGCGCCGCAUUUUCUCGAGCAGCCACUAGCUCGACAUAAUGACGAUGGCUCUAUUGAGCUGGAGUGUUCAUUCACUGCUUCUCCGCUGCCUGAAAUACAAUGGUUUUACGGGAACAAGGAACUUAAGGAGGACGCUCGUUUCCAAAUCAAGCUGGUCUUCAAAGGGAAUGAAGCGUACUCAGUUAUUCUUAGAAUCGAAGAUGUUGCUGACAGUGAUGCUGGAAGUUAUCGUUGUGCCUUGGCCAAUCCUUACGGGAAAGGAAGUGCCACUUUCAAUUUGAAGCUCACCGGAUUUUCAUCACCGACUUUCGUGCAGAAGCCUCGAAUAUCGACUCGAGAUGAUGGUCAGGUUAUAGUUAUGGAGUUUAGAACAAGGUCUAUUCUGGAACCUUCGUUUUCAUGGCAGAAGGGUGAUGAAGUCAUGGUACGGUCCGACCGUGUAGAUAUUAUAUCGAGGAAAGAAGCUAAUCAUGUGUACUAUGCGGCUUUGAAAAUCAAGGAUCCCAUAAAAGAAAAUGAUUCCGGUCAGUUUGUAUGCACGGUGACGAAUUCUUCUGGAAAGCUCACUGCUGCAUUCACUGUAGAAUUCGCAGUUCCUUCAGGAGCGCCGACUUUCACCAGGAAGCCUCGAAUUAUCCAAGUUACAUCAGAUUCUGGCGAUCCAGCUAUUGUGUUUGAUGUUGCAUAUCAAGGCGAUGAUAACCCGGAGGUAGUGUGGAUCAACCCGAAAGGGAAAAGAAUGAAAGAGUCGUCCAGGACUCACAUCAUCACUACACCUGAUGACCGUGAAAACACUUUCACCGCGAAACUUGAACUCAAGAAGUGCAAACCCAAUGACUCUGGAGUCUACUUAUGUAAUAUAAAGAAUGGGGUAGGUGAAGCCAAUGUGGAACUGACACUGGAAAUUCAAAGGCCACCAAUUGGUGGAGCUUUACUGUUGACGAAGUCUUUGUUUACGGUUCUUGUUGUUUAUAAUAUAAUUGUACAUUUGUAUUUUUUAGUAAUGCUGAGCCGCAUACUGCCUUCGUUUAUUCGAUCAUCUCCCAUAAAAAGUGUGGCUAAUCUUUCCGUUGCUGCUGGUGAUGCUUCUACUCCCUCAGAAGAGAGUUCGCCUGUUACUACUACUCAGAGGCCGCUUCCAUGGCUUUCGAAGAGCCCUUUUGUGGAAAUUCCACAGGCUUGGGUGACCUCAUUUGAUGCAAUCGAAGAGCGUAAAUUGGAUUUGAUUGAUCUUCAUCCAGAUAUAUUCCGAGUUCCUCCACGGUUAGACUUGCUGCACAGGAAUGUCAAUUGGCAGCUAGUGUACCGUAAUGUGCAGCUGACGAAGCAACUGAGCCGUGCGGAAAUGCCUGGCGGAGGUCACAAACCGUGGCCUCAAAAGAAAAUGGGACGGGCUCAAGCUGGUUCAAUACGUGCUCCCCCCUUCAUUCGUGCCGGUUUUGCCAACGGUGUUCGUGGUCCGCGUACAUGGUUUUAUAUUCUGCCUGACGCUGUAAGAUUAAAAGGACUCUGUGUUGCUCUCACCUUGAAACAUGCGCAGGACGGUCUUCAGAUUGUUGACAGACUCGAUCAGCUGCCAUCUGAUGCUGACGCUCAGUUCCUACAAGAUCUGGCGGACAGUCGGAACUGGGGAUAUUCUGUGUUAUUUGUGAAUGAUACUGAUGAGAUAAGUGGCGGCUUGGUGACAGCCAUCGAAGCGUUGCCUUCAUUUAGAGCGAUGCCUGUUUAUGGGCUAAACUGCUUCUCUCUUUUGAAAUAUGAUACUGUGGUGUUCUCCAGAAGUGCUAUAGAUCUCUUGGAGGAGCGAUUGUUGAAACAUCUUCAUAGAGCUGGCACAUUGAACAAAAAGUAUAGGUAUAUGGACUACAAAGAGAGGAUAUUGAAUGAGGGUGAAAAAGAGGAUGAUCCAAUUCAACCUCCGAUAGUCUAG